GGAUACGAAACGCGUAAACAGAGAGUCAACAUGUAAACAGGCCACUCGCGAGACAAACAACGUGGGGGCCGCGGGCUGUUCACUGAACGAGGCAGCCAGGCUCUCGCCUGUUCGUUCGUUCGUUCGUUCGCUCGUUCGUUCGUUCGUUCGUUCGUUCGUACGUUCGUACGUACGUUCUCUCCGCUGGCAUUCGGUGUGUGCUUCGUUUCCGUCCGUCGCUCUCCGUGUGUUAGCUCUCCGCUCGGUGUGUCGGAUUUAUCGAAUCUCGUGGCGGCGUCCGUCCACGGAUAACCGGCGUGCGGUGUUCCAACGUCGCAAGUCAGCCAUCGAUCGUGCGCUCCUCGUUCGCGUUUUAGUUGGACGGAUAACGGUGCGAUAACGCGGUCAGAAAGCGCGGAUCGAUCGGAGGAACGGAUUUCGUUUCCAGUUUUUUUUCUCUUUCUUCUUUCUCUCCACCGCGGUGUAGUGGGACUCAAGGCCGAGACGAACGUGUUUUGGGAGGAUACGUGUCGGUGGUCACACCGACCGGCCUGUGCGUCGUCGUCCAUCGUCGUGUUUCCCUCUCGGUGCACGUGAUUCUCCUCCGCUUUAAUUUUAUGCGCCGUAUAUAAAACGUGGUCGAAAUCUAUCGGCGAAUAAUCAAUAACGCUUUUGUUGCGGGACGAAGCGAAAGAUCGUUCGAAUUAUAAUAAUAUAAUCGUGCGUUCUCGCUCGCUCGAUUUGUUUUGUUUUGUUUUGUUUUCGCGUACGGCGUACGUACGAACGGAAAGUUCGGAGAAUCGAAAUACGUUUUAUUUACGUGUACGGAUUAUACGGCGUACAUAUAUCGGUGGAUUAACCGGUGUUGAUAUUUCGCCCCUCCUGUUUCGAAGACGUAAUAUUUGGAAGGAGCGUUUAGUUCGAUACGCAACGUUACCCGACGAUGACGCGCAAUUGUGCUUCGUGCCGUAUUAAUAGAAAAUCGAUCAGUGCUAGUUGGUGCACGUGAAAAUUGUGGUGAUUUGUGACCGAGAGGGUGGGUGGAAGAGGGGAGGAAGGACAUACCUCGGCGGGUCGUCAACAGGUGUAUACGCCUCGAUGAUACACCUCGAUGAGACGAUGGAGAUUGCUGUUAACAUCCGUGUACAGUGAAGAGGAGGUGCUGUUGCGUUCUCGCGUGAAUCAUUAGUUUCUUGCUGCGGUUUCGCUACCACAGGUUGGCGGGGGAAAUCUUGGCGGGGACAAGGGGAAAAACUGGAAACAGGCUGUGCGGCGGUCGGCUUUCUCGGCGCAAUAGGGUCGCAGGGGAUCAGGGAAAUGCAGAAGGUUACUAAGAGCUAGGGAACUUGUAGCCAACACAUAGAAGUUUCGCAAACACACACGGACGCGCGUCCAUAGACAUUCCACACUGGCAAGCUCUCUCAUACUCUGGGGUCAGUGGUGUAUACUUCCCAGGCUUCUGAGACAAAGUGACAUGGCUUGUUAAUGGACACAUCGGUGAGAACCCGUUCGACAACGGUUCGUGGGGAAAGGAGCAAUUCCAGCCAUCGACGGUUCCUUGGCAGCUGAAUCCGCGCGGCCACGCUCGUCCUAGUGACGAUGGCAUAAUGGAUCAUGACACAGACGGAGACGGAGCGAUCAACUUGUCAACGUCACAGCGACCCUCCGCCGCCACCACCCCUAACGGUGACACCCCCUCGUACGGCCAAGAUCAACAAGACAACGACCAGGCUACUUCGCUGUUUGCAGCCCUGAAGCAGCAACAACAGCAACAGCAACCGCGCGACACUGUCCCCUCGUCGAGGGAGCGCGUCGAGAAUCGAGAUCGAGAUCGAUUGUCGGUCCGUAACCGUGAGAACAACCGGAACGAGAUAGGUGGUGGCGUGACGGAGCAAUCGCAGCCAGCGCAGCAACAACAACAGCAGCAGCAGCAGCAGCAACAGGAGCUCACGAUCGAGUAUCAGAGCAAUGGAAAGCUCAGUCCCGCUGGGCACGCAGUGACAGCAGCACCCAUGACCCAGCAAAAGCAGCCUAUCAUCACGCAGCAAUCGCAACAGCCGAGCUCGGGGGCGCCUGGUCCCCAACCGAGUCCUCAUCAGAGUCCGCAGGCCCCUCAGAGGGGUUCGCCGCCAAAUCCUUCGCAGGGUCCCCCGCCGGGAGGGCCGCCAGGGGCACCACCUUCGCAAAAUCCCUCGCAGAUGAUGAUCAGCCCGGCUAGCGGCAUCCACCAGAUGCAACAACUGCUGCAACAACACAUACUCAGCCCCACCCAACUGCAAUCCUUCAUGCAGCAACACUCGCUCUAUUUACAACAGCAACAACAGCAACAUCAUCAGGAUUCCUCGUCGGAGCAUGCGUCCAAUCAGGAACGAUUCGGCUACUUUUCGUCCCUUAAAGACCAUCAACACCAGUUCGCCGAGCUGGGCAGGAAGAAGCUGGAGCAGGCGAUACAGCAACUGCAGGAACAGUUGCAGUUGAACGUGAUCCAGCAGACGCAUCUGUUGCAAACGGCGGACAAGAAGAAGGCGUCCGCCCCGCUUCAACAAUUGGCGCUUCAACAGCAACGUCUGAUACAGCAACUGCAGAUCACGCAGAGCCAAUAUCUUCUUCAACAGGGUCUGGGUCUUCAGGGUCACAAUCCUUCUUCGGGUCUCCAACCUGGCGAAGGACUACCAAUGUGGAAAUCGGACACGUCGGAUGGUCCGGAAUCGCAUCAGAACUCGAACGUUCCAAAAUCCGUGGCUGGACUCAAUGGACUUCUCAAUUCGACAGUGUCGAGUCGGCGGUCGGAUAUGAACGGAACCACUCCAUUGGACGAGAAACCGCUGGACGUUUCCUCCAACGACAAGGUUCAUCCCCUGUACGGUCAUGGGGUCUGUAAGUGGCCGGGCUGUGAAGUUAUUUGUGAAGACUAUCAAGCAUUCCUUAAACACUUGAACACGGAGCACACGCUGGACGACAGAUCGACGGCGCAGGCUAGGGUCCAGAUGCAAGUGGUCUCGCAACUGGAGAUCCAGUUGCAGAAGGAACGGGACCGGUUAACCGCUAUGAUGCAUCACCUGCACGUGGCGAAACAAAUGGCUUCCCCCGAACCGCCAAAGUCGUCCGAGUCAUCGACGGGCUCGAGUAUACCAAAGUUAAAUCUCUCCACCGCUCUGAUGAGCCAGCCACCACCGAAUUUCGGUGUCUCUCAAGUGUCUCCCGUCUCGAUGUCCGCUUUGGUGUCAGCGGUCAGGUCACCAGCAGGUGGACAAUUGCCACCUUCGGCCGGAGCACCUAUGCCACCCAUUCCUAACAUGUCCAACAUGUCAGGGAUGCCUCCGUUGCCGAAUAUGCCUGGUAGCAUGCCCACCAUGCCUACCAUGCCCAGCAUGGCGGGGCCCAUCAGACGACGUAUCAGUGAUAAAUCCGCGCUUUCCUUGGCAGGAGGACUGUAUGACGAGGGCACUGUAAGGCGCAGAGUAGCCGUCGAUAGAUCUGGAAUAGAUAUUAACGAAGAAAUUCAACGAAAUAGGGAAUUUUACAAGAACGCCGACGUCAGACCGCCGUUUACAUAUGCAUCAUUAAUUAGACAGUCGAUCAUCGAGUCGCCGGAUAAACAGUUGACCUUGAACGAGAUCUACAACUGGUUCCAGAACACAUUCUGCUACUUCCGGCGCAACGCAGCAACGUGGAAGAACGCGAUCCGCACCAAUCUAUCAUUGCACAAGUGUUUUGUGCGCUAUGAGGACGACUUCGGGUCAUUCUGGAUGGUGGACGACGCCGAGUUCGUAAAGCGGCGGCAUCUGUCCCGCGGCCGCCCCAGGAAAUAUGACCCAACCCCAUCACCCACUCCACCCCACCUCUCCGCACAGGGUGUCCCGUCGAAAAGUCCAACCCUGACGCACAGCCCGACCAUGUACGGUGAUGCAUUAAACGCCAAUCUCCAGUAUUUCCAGGCGGCACUCGGGGACUCUAAUAUGGGAUUUCUAAACAACUCGAUGUGCACGUCGACGACAACGAGUCCCGACAAGGAGCACGUGUUAGCCCAUAACGAUUUAAUGUCACCGUUGGAUGAACCAGCCGUGCACAUAAAGCAGGAGGGCCAAAGCCCGGAGGGUGGAAAACUGACGAGAUUAAUAAAACGAGAGCUGGUUGACGCGCCCGCGGAUCAAGAGGGUGAUGACGAUCAGGUGGACGAGAGGGAGUAUCCAGAGAGUCACGGGCACGAUUCCGGACAGGACGAGGACAUGGCCGAAGACUUGUCGAUGGCGCCCGACAUAAUGACCCCGGAGGAUCAGAUCGAGGCGUAGUAUCGCACCUCGAGGAGCGAGUAGAUUCGAGCUGUCGCGUCGAAGUACGAUCGUGAUGGAAGAAGAAGAAGAAGAAGAAGAAGAAGAAGAAAAAGAAGAAUAAGAAGCAGCUUCUCUUCCUCCUCGACAGAGAGGCAAGAUCAGGCAGGGAAAGCCAGAGGCGCGUGAAUGUAUGGAAUGAAUGGAAGAGAGGGGGAAAAAAGGUGUAGAGGAAAAGAAAUGAAAAAGAGGAAGAAAAAGAAGAAUGGAAGAAGUAUAGGAGAAGAAGACGAUGAACGGAGGCCCAGCCAGGACCACCCAGCCCUCCACUCCUCCUUCGUAAGAGAAUCCCCAUUUAUCAUAUCCAAGGCCGUGAUACGUUUUAUCGAGGCGGCUUUUAAAAGGUAAAGGCGAGAGAAGAAAACGUACAUUGUGCGUGAUCGAUCGCGACGAAACGUCGAACUCGAGAGAAAAAUAUCGGCGAAUAUCGUGAUAUAGGCGGCGCGAUCCUUCGAUCCAUAUCCUUACUCAAGCAAUUACGAACAACGAUGUAUUUUACGUUCUCCAAUUCCGUUUCGUUUUCGGAACCGCGGUUAAUAUCUCUAUAUAAAUAUAUAUAUAUAUAUAAAGUAUAUAUAUAUAUGUAUAUAUACAUAGAAAUAUAUAUAUAUAUAUCUUUCUCUCUCUAUCUCUCACUUUCUCUUUCGUGUACAUUGCAUUGACGAGUGAAUCGUUGAGAUGAAAACGAAUAGCAUCCGCGAUUGUUCGUAGCGUGUUUCGGCGAAUAAAUGUUAACCGAUGAUCCUUUCACGAAUGUACAGGGGAAAAGAGAAGUGUUUUUCCCGCUCCUGACUCGUUUUCCGCUUUCGAUAUCGUGUCAGCACUCGCGUGUACGGCUGCGUUUCUGCGUGUGCUAAUCGCGUCUAUCAUUUUUGGACCAAUUUGGAUAGAUGUUUAAAAAAAAAAAAAAAAUAGAAAAAAAAAGAAAAGAAAAGAAAAGGAAAGGAAUAUUUUAUUUAGAUGAAAGGUGAUUACGAUCGAUAUCAUUUUUUACAGAAGAGACUGUUCACUUUUUCUAAAUUUCUUGCACGAUUCUUCCUCUUCUUUAAAAGAAGAAAAAAAGAAGGAAGACGCGUUCGAGGGGGCACGCAGAAUGUCUCGAAGAUGAUAAUAAGAGGGGCGAACAGGUAGGGAAGGUUGGAAUUAAACUUAAGGAGUAAAUAAAGAAGCUGUGGUGUGGGCAGUGUUCUGGGUACGCGCGGGAACUGACUGACGCUUUAGUCUUUAAUAUAUCGUUCGUGGUAAGUUAAGAAUUUUGCGAGUAUCAAAAAUGUCUAUUGAAAAAGAAAAAAAAAAAAAAAAAAAAAAAGAAAAGAAAAGAAAAAAAAGAGAAAAGGAGAAAAGGAAAAUUAAUUUCCUUAUAUCAAAGGUGAAACUUAAACUUAAGGAAAACACGUGUGCCCGCGUAUGAAACACGGAUCACCCCGAUCCCGGCGUACCCGUUUGCUGCUCUCUUGCUAAUCACUGUAUAGUUUAGGGAAAAUUAAAUGUAAGUAGUGUCGAUCGACGAUCAUAGACGUCGACGAGAUUCGUGUGCGUCGAGAUAAAACGUACACGCCGGUGCUACAAUGUAUUCAACAUAGUUUUACCAAACGAAAAUAUAUUCGUUCGCGUCGUGAAAUUUUUUGAUGAACGAAUUUGUGAGUAACGAAAACGAGAUCGAGGACAGUCGGUCGAGAAGGAGUGACGAAAAAUAAAUUUGGUAAUUAAAAGGUAAAAGAAAAAGAAAAAAGAAGAAGAUGAAGAAGAAGAAGAAAGCGGAUGCCGUGAACGCACUUAUAAAUAAAUUAAAAUUACUCUGUACGCAUAUACAUAUACAUAUAUUAAUUACGUAUACGUAUCUCGGAAAUUAUAAGGAAAUUAGAUGUCGAUGGCCCUGUUCUUCGUUCUCCAUCCAAAACAUCCUUAAGAGAAAUCCUUCCCCCCCUCUCCCCUCCCUCUCCUGUUCGAUCUUUUUCUCCCUAGUCCCGCGUAAGUUCAAGCUCGGUUCCGAAUUUUUAGAAAAAUUGGGACUGCGUCCAAAAAUCGAAAGGAACGAGAAGAUAUAAAACAUUUCGAGAGGGGGGGGCCGUUACCCUUCGAUCUUCGACCCCUCCCCCUUUUACGUACACGCGUUCGAACACAUUUUCACACAUACACACGCAUACGUACACGUACACGUACACAAAAAACAUGGACACACGAGUUAAACGAAAGCGUGCUCAGGUCGGUACGAUAGAGAAUUAUCGGAGGUCUGUAUCGUUCGUUGGUCGCUUGGUAUCGAAUCGUAAUUUAUUAUUUCAAUGGUCGUUGACGCCAUUUAAAUGUAUGUAAAAAAAAAAAAUCGUGCGUGCCGUUUUUAAUCGCGCUGCAGCGACCGGGAGACGAUCGUGUGUGAUAUUAUUCCGUUCGAAACCCGUAGCCAUAUAAUAUAUAUACAUGGUAUAUAUGGUAUAUAUACACGUUUGUUUGUAAUAUUUUUGUAAAUUAUAUAUUCGUUCCCGGGAACGUGUUGUAGAUAGAUUUAGAGAUCGGUGAGCUCCGUUACAUUGUCAGGGUAUUAAUUGCUCGACGAACCAGACUCUUCCGUCGCUGUGGGGUGGUGCACAUUCGUUUUCGUGUAUUCGUUUAUUAUACACGUGGAACCGCGAAGAGAUCGAUCGUUCUUUAAGCAUUUAUCGGGCGACAGUAAUCGUUUAAUCGCCGGUCGUAAGAAAUGUCGAUCGACGUCGUCUGUGACACCUUUGCGUUUUAUUCUCGUUAGAAAGAUAUUAAUUCCGAUUACGAUUAUAUUAGCUCGACUCCAAUUAGUAAUAUUAGCAUGACGAGAAGCAUCGUGUCAAUCUUUUAUUAUUAGCGAUUUGAUCAGUUUCAAUUUAUUUCAAACUUUUCGAUCGUGUCGCUCGAUUAUCUGGAAACGACGUGGCUGCGAUCGUUUUUCUUUUUUUUCCAAUUUUUUUUUUUUUUUUUUAACAAUUCUUUUUUCUUCUCUCUCUUUUUUUUUUUUUUUUUUUUUAACAAUUCGUUCAUUCCUGCGUGUUAGACAUGUCUGUGUCCAUUCCGCGAAAUAAAAUAGUGGUUAGCUUUUAGGAUGGUUAAGUUAUCGUCCACAUUGAUUUCCCUUUUGUCCAUCGAUUCUCCAUUUUGUUCACGAUCCAUCAUCUUUCGACAUCCAUAACUCGUUGUUGGCGAGUGAUUGAAAAAAAUUUUUUCAAUAAGAGAGAGAGAAAGGGAUCAAUCGAGGAAAAACGCGUAGUGCGAGUGUGUACAAUUGUCGCGUGCGUCAUCGAACAUUGGAUGUUAUAAAAAUAGAAGAAAAAAAAAAUGAAUAGGAGUAAAUAGAAAGAAAAUAAAUAGCAGGGAAAAUAAAUAGCAGUGGAAAGUAAAGAUAAGUGUUCAAGGAUGAUAAAGUGAAAAAUGGCCGGUGCCGUUUUGGGCUCGCUUUCACGUAAUGCUACUAUUACUAAUCUAAGUCUACAUGUAUUGUGUAUAAUGGUUUAAGGACUCGAUAUAACAUAGAAAGAUUCUUCUGUACAUAGUUGAAAAAAAAAAAAAGGAACUUUGUCGAGGCAUUAGGGAUUUGCGAAUAUUGCGUCAUUUUGCGGAUGAAUGAGUUUAUCGAUAGUGUGGUAUAUAAAAGUCUAUAUAUAUAUAUAUAUAUAAAUAUAAAUAUAAUUAUAUAAAUACAUACACGGACAACACCCACACACGCACAUAUAUAUAUACGCACACAUACAUACAUAACACACAUACAAUACAUUGCGCGUAUCCCGGCUGCAUUUAAUUUUUACUUUUGAAAUCUCAAAUUUUUCCAAGAAAAAUAACGAAAAGAAAAUAAAGAAAAAGCGACGACCGUCGAUUCUCACGAGCCGGCAGCUCGAACGAAGAAACUUUCUCGUUUUAUCGUAUCACGAUUGGUCGUGUCGCGAAUAAAAGAUGAAUGACGAGAAGAAAAAUAAAGGUGAAAAAGAAAAAAAAAAAAAUAAGUAAAGAACAAAGACAAGGUUUGAUCGAUCGAUUUCGAAUGGACACGAGGUUCUUCAAAGUCGAUUCACGUUGCACGAAGAUCGUGGUUUUUUUUUUUCGUUUCACGAAUUUUUUUUUUUUUUUUUUUUUGUACAGUAGUUGCUGUUACUUUACGAAUAUUCUAUAUUGUACAUGUUUAAACGUUCCCUGUUAUGUUUGUUGUAUAUUUUCGUAUAAGUCUGUAAAAAAAAUUAAUUAACGAAUAUUUGAAUUUUUCGUACGAAGAACGUACGAAAGACAGGAUUUAGCGUUAUUAAUUCACUGGUUCAUCGAAUCUUCACAUUUUAUCGGCUCAGAUAAUACUUCGUGAAGCGAUUUCUUUCUUUCUUUCUUUCUUUCUUUCUUUUUUUUUCUUUCUUUUUUUUUCUUUCUUUUUUUUUCUUUUCUUUUCUUUUUUUUUCCGUUAUGUCAGUGGAUAAAACUUUGCGACGCGUUCGUUAUAUUACGAAGUAAUGACGAACCAGCGCGAUCAUAUCAAAUUAGAGGUAUCGAGUGAACAGUGCUGAAUCGAUAUUUUCGUUCGUUGUGGUGUUCCUUUCUUGUAGAUUUGAACGCAGUAAAUCAUCAUCAUAGCUAGAAAAUUUCUAUUUUUAUCGAGGAUAAAUUCGCGAAUCGAGAUAACUUGUUUAAAAUUAUUUCUUUACAUUGCAUGUGUUCACUCAAAAUUUUCGGGGAACAAGUAUGAAAUUACUUGGAUUAUUGGAAUAUGGGGGGGAAAAAAAAAAAUCUAUUUUUGAAUAGAAGAGUGAAAAAGAGGAAAAGGAAACAAUGUGUGUAUACAGGAAACGCGUUCGAGCCUUGAACUUUUCUUGCUCCUCGAACGAUUUCGAAUUGUUCAGUAUUAUCCUGUGCCGUAUGAAAACGAGGAAGUUCUUAAAUCUGAAAAUCCGAGCUCUUUAGGUCAUUGAAAAAUUCUUAGGAAUCCUUAUUGUCUGAAUUAUUUUAUUAAGUAUUGUAUGAUAAGUUGCCUUGUAAAAAUGUACCGAUUUUACCGAGAAAUUAAAUGUGUUACUAAAAGAAAUUCAAUCUCUGAACUGUUUCAUCGACCUUUUUUUUUCUAUAAAAAAAAAAAAGGUAGCGAGAUAGCAAUUUAUCGAUUUAUAAGUAGUUGUAAUUGUAAGUAACGAGAGUUAUCAUUUUCACUGUACUUUCUUUGUAUAAGACUGACAUCGUUUGUAUAUGCUUAAAAAAAAAAAAAAAAGAUAUGAUCUUGUUAGGUACGUCAAGAUUUAUACACGUAAAUUAAUGUGUCUACGAUUAUAUGUGUUUAGAUCACAGAAGGACUUAUAUCAUACUGUAAAUAGAACACUUAAGAAAUCGCAUUUUCUAGCUCGAAUUAAGCUUUAGAAUUAAGUCUUUAUCUAAUAGAAUCGUCUUGAAAAGAAUAUACAUACUUAAUAAAACAGCAAUUCGUGAACAUGAGGAUCCAAAGCUGUCUAAACUGUUUGUUUCCGAAUUCCUUGUUUGUCAUAUUUAAAUAAAAGAAUUGCAAACAA